AUGGGCUCUUCGCAGUCGGUCAUUACCGCACUAGACACAGUGCUAAGACAACGGGAUAUAAAGAUUGCCCAUCGGACUUUGAAAAAUUUCGUUAAGGAAAUUGAUCGGGUGGCCCCUUGGUAUGCUUGUUCCGGGUCAUUGACUCUCGCCUCAUGGAACGAAUUAGGCAAAGAUCUCGAUUAUAAAUUAGCAGAUGGAGAUUUGAGGCAGGGCACAAAAGCCAUUUGGAAACUUGUUAAAAAUUGUUUACAAGAUGAAGCCUGUAGGGGUGCUGUAGCAAAGGGCCGAAGUACCCUUGAGGAGGUCCAGGAUAGCAUGUCAGAAACCGAGCGUAGUGAGAGGUUGGGCGCGCACAAAAAGAAAAUCAUCCACAAGAAGGAAAAAGGCCCCUCGGGAGGAGCUGGCUUCUACCCUGUGCAAGAGCUUGAAGCCUUAAAUCUUGACAGUUCUGAUGACUCUGAAAGCUCAGAGGAUGAGGGUUUAGAUACUGAGGAGGAAGCAGAGCUGGAAGAGGAGGAAGAAAGAUACCAUCCAGAUGACCAGAUACAUAACAACAAAACACCUCGGAGGCGGCUGGUUCAAACAGUCCCCUCACAAGUGGUUCCCUCGGCGCCUCCGCCAUAUGAGACGCGCCCAAAGUUGUUUUGCUUUCUUCCAGAAAAGGUAAAACGCAGAAUGUGCCUCGCUUUCCCUGUUUUCGAAGGCGUUGAUGCGACACAGCGGUUGCAUGUACCCGUAGAAUACAAUCAGAUAAAGGAGCUGGCCGAAUCAGUCAGAAAAUACGGAGUUACGGCCAAUUUUACUCUUGCACAACUAGAUAGACUUGCCAUGAAUGCCCUAACGCCUUCUGAUUGGCAGAUGGUAGCGAAGGCAGGACUUGUCAGCAUGGGCCAAUAUAUGGAAUGGAAAGCACUUUGGCAUGAGGCUGCCCAAGAGCAGGCUAGAGCUAUGUGGACAUUUGACAUGCUUACAGGCCAGGGUCGUUUUGCAGCUGAUCAGACCAAUUAUCAUUGGGGUGCCUACCCACAGAUUGCCAGCACGGUUAUUAGGGCCUGGAAGACACUCUCCAGGAAAGGAGGGGCAGACAACCAACUCACAAAGAUUAUUCAAGGGACUCAGGAGCCUUUCUCUGACUUUGUGGCAAGAAUGACAGAGGCAGCAGGGCGAAUCUUUGGUGAUCCCGAGCAGGCUGCACCUCUUGUUGAGCAACUUAUUUUUGAACAGGCCACCCAGGAAUGUUGUGCAGCUAUAGCCCCGAGAAAGAACAAAGGAUUACAGGAUUGGCUUAGGGUCUGUAGAGAACUCGGGGGACCCCUCACUAAUGCGGGGUUAGCUGCAGCAAUCCUACAGUCUCAAAAGCGCCCCCUUAAGGGGCCAGAUAAAAGAACCUGUUUUAAAUGCGGAAAGGCAGGGCAUCUAAGAAAAGAUUAUAGGAUGCCGGACAGGGAGAGUUGCGGCAAAGGAUACCAUAAGACUGCCCAGUGCCGCUCGGUACAGGAUAUAAAGGGAAGGGUUCUCCCCCCUAUAGAAGCACCAACAAAUGAGGUUCCAAAAAACGGGGCGUCGAGCCCACAGUUCCAGGGCCUGCCAAAAUAUGGGAACAGAGUCAACAGGAUGAUAAACGAGACCCCUCAGGAGUCGGAACAAGAAUGGACUUUUGUGCCGCCUCCAACUUCCUAUUAA